GACUUAGUCGCAGUUGGCACUGGCAAGGGUGAACGCCGCGGGGCCUGCACGACUUGCUAGACGCGUUUUAAUUAGAGGUGAAUUCCGUCGCGCGGGACGACUUGAGAGAGAGAGAGCGGCGUCCCUUACGUAAGUAAGUACAAUUUUCGCACACCCUCCUCUUGUCGUCACCACGCCCACUGUACCGCGGAUGAUGCGAAGGCCGUGCGAGAAAAGUCGCGCAUACGCGAGAAAAUAACGAAGUCGAUGAGUGGCAGGUGUGACGCAUGAAGAGUGUUAAUCGGUACUUGGAAAACUAAUAAAACAAAAUGUGUCGCGAUUUAACUUAUUGCUAACUACGCAACACACGUGCAGCAUAUUUCUCAGGCGCUGUCUACCUGCAAAAUGAACGAUUCUAAUUCUGGAAAACAACGAGAAAGUAACGAUUGGCACGAUAAUGAACAGAGCGAAAUGGAAAAUCGGAGUAGGAACCGGGACACAGGAUCUGUAACUCUUAAACGAUUGGACAGCAUCCAUGAUCCGGGAAAAAGAUAUGCGCUGAAGGAUCGUAUUGGUACCGGGAUAUGCGGCGACGUUUACGAAGGGAUUGAUCAGCAAGCUGGAAAUAAAAAAGUUGCCAUCAAGAUUCAAAAGCUCACACCUGAAACGCAAUCUUUGAUUGUGGAGGAAUAUCGUAUUCUUCGUGAUUUUGCCGGUCAUCCAAAUCUACCGGACUUCUACGGAAUAUACCGCAGACGAUCAGCGAAGAAAUCCGAAUACGACGAAGUAUGGUUCGUCAUGGAGUUCUGUGAGGGUGGAACAGUCAUGGAUCUCGUUCGCGGGAUGAUUGCAAGUAACAAAAAAAUACGAGAGGAACACAUUGCCUUCAUUUUAAGAGAAGUGAUAAAGGCUUUGAUCCAUUUGCACGAGCACAAUGUAAUCCAUAGAGACAUUCGCGGCAACAAUAUCGUUCUGACGAAGGAAGGCGAAGUGAAAUUAGUGGAUUUCGGGCUCUCGAGAACGACGAAGAAUGAACUUGAAAAAAGGCGCACCUACAUAGGCUCACCGUCCUGGAUGGCGCCGGAAAUGGUUGGCAGCAAGGAUAGCGGAGCCGACGGUGGAUACGACAGCCGAGUCGACGUAUGGGCGAUCGGCAUCACGGCGAUAGAGCUGGCCGACGGCAAAGCACCGUUCGAGGACAUGCAUCCGACUCGUACGCUCUUCCAGAUCGUCCGGAAUCCACCGCCGACUCUCUACCGACCCGCCAAUUGGUCGAAGAAUCUCAAUGACUUCAUUUCGGAAUGCCUCGAAAAAAAUCCUGAGAACAGACCAUACAUGAUGGAGAUCAUCGAGCAUCCCUUUCUGUUGGAGUUACCCGAAAACGAUUAUCCUCUGACGCAAGAGAUCAAAGCGCUGACGAUGGAUCUCUCGGAGAAGGGCAGAAAACAAAGAAAAGCGGAAUCAAUAGUUCGUAAAGGUUUUUUGAAGACUCGUCAGGAUGAACCACCGGAACAAAUGUACACGGAGGACUUAGCGGCAUUAGAUGUCCUGACUGAGAACGUAAUCUUGGAUGAACUCCGCGACAGACUGGGACGAGGUGAAUAUCACACGUUUAUCGGUGACAUUUUAUUGAUACUCAACCCAAACGAGGAGCACGAUAUUUACGGUGUUCACCAUCACGCGAAAUAUCAAUGCAAAUCGCGGUCGGAUAAUGCUCCUCACAUUUACUCCGUGGCGGAUAGCGCGUUUCAAGAUGUUAUGCUUAACGAAGAAUCGCAGCAUAUUGUGCUGGCCGGUGAAAGUAACUCCGGAAAAACAACGAAUAUGCUCCAUUUAAUAGAGCAUCUCAUGUUCCUCGGAAAAGGUCUGCACGAUACCGGAGCGAAAGUGCUGCGAGCUAUAAAAAUUAUUCACGCUUUUACGAACGCGGCGACACCGCUAAAUGCUAAUUCUACCAGAUGCAUAUUGCAAACUCAGACGACUUUCGGGACAACUGGCAAAGCGUCGGGGGCGAUAUUCUGGUUAUAUCAGUUGGAAAAAUGGCGUGUUUCGACUCACGACAGAAAUCAAUCAAACUUCCAUGUUUUUUACUACUUUUACGACGGUCUCGAAGCAUCAGAAAAUUUAAAACCAUAUUUCCUACCAAGUGGGAGAAAACUUCGAUAUCUCAGAAUAACCGACAAGGGUACUGAAAAGAGACGAGCGUUCAAAGUGAGAAACGAUCCAGGGAACAACGCGCUUAAGCUCAAAGAACUUAGAGAAUGUUUUGUAUUUAUGGAUAUGGAGGAGCAUUGCGAGAUUAUUUGGAAAAUCCUCGCAGCAAUUCUGAUACUCGGGGAGAUUCGAUUCGUUGAAGGCAAUAACGGAGAGGCUGAGUUGGACAACAGCGAAAUUGCCAACAGAGUGGUGGAACUUCUUGGCUUGGACUCAAAAAAAUUUAUUUGGGCUCUCGUUAAUUAUUGCUUGGUCGUGAAGGGAUCAGCGAUACGUAGGAAACACACUUGCGAGGAAGCGAAAGAGGCGCGGGAUGUCUUGGCGAACACUCUUUAUCAGCAUUUAGUAGAUUGGAUAAUCAACACUAUCAAUUAUAAACUUUCAAUGACUCGUAGUCUUUAUGGUGAUAAACAUUCUAUCAGCAUCCUUGAUCACUUUGGAUUCGAAUGUUUCUCAGUAAAUCGAUUUGAACAACUACUAGUGAAUACCAUAAACGAGCAAAUGCAAUAUUAUUAUAAUCAAAGAGUAUUCGCCUGGGAAAUGCAAGAACAAGAAGAGGAGGACAUACCCAUGCGACAAUUACGCUUUUACGAUAAUAAGGAAGCGGUUGAUCGACUAAUGAAUAAAGAGGAUGGUCUCUUUCGUAUCAUCGACGACGCUUCGCGGCAAAUGCAAGACGCUCAGUACAUUCUCGAGAGGAUUAAAGAACAUAAACGCGGCAUCCACGUGAAACCAGUGAGCUCACACGAGUUCACGGUCGCACAUUACGCCGGUAAGCUGAUAUACGAUGCCAGUGAAAUUACCACGAAAAAUCGAAACUUCCUACCACCGGAGAUGAUCGGCACGAUGAGAGUCUCUUCGCACGAUACGAUCAAGCAGAUGUUCACCAACAAGCUAACCAAGUCGGGAAACCUGACGAUCGUUCACGAACAUUGUGUCGCGGCGAAGGAAACGUCGAAAAAAAAAUGGAGUGCUGUUGUGCAGGAAUCUUCUACGUUCCGAAAAUAUAAUACUGCGUCCAGAGGACAGUACUCGCAGAUACGCAACAUGCGAACGUGCUCGUCGACGUUCAGAUCGACGAGUCUCGAAAUUUUGAAAAAUCUCGCGACAGGCGCGGGAAACGGUGGCACGCAUUUUGUAAGAUGCAUACGCUCCGAUCUCGAUGAUGCUCCUCGAAGCUUUUACCGGGAAGUCGUUAGACAACAAAUCAGGGCGUUAGCAGUUCUUGAUACAGCGAAAGCAAGACGAUGCGGAUAUCCAUAUAGGAUACCCUUUCAAGAAUUUCUUCGAAGAUACAAGUUUCUAGCCUUCGAUUUCGACGAGACGGUAGAGAUGACAAAAGAUAAUUGCAGACUACUUCUGAUUAGAUUAAAAAUGGAAGGCUGGAUCAUCGGUAAGACCAAAGUCUUCUUGAAGUACUACAAUGAGGAAUACCUAUCGCGUUUAUACGAGACUCAAGUGAAAAAAAUCAUAAAAGUGCAGUGUAUGAUGCGUGCCUUUCUAGCGCGCAAGAACAUCGCCUCGAAGAUCAAUAAUAUCAAAAAGGAACUUGUGAAGAGAGCGUCAAUACACAAGACUAUCUCACUUAGUGAAGAAGAAGCGGCAUUGAUGAUACAAAAAACAUACAGAGGACACGUGGUACGAAAAGAAAUAGGACCCUUCAAGGAAGAAAUGAGCCAAGAGACGAAGGAUUUUAUCAAGUUCUAUUGCAGUAAAUGGAGAUCGAAAAGCAUGUUCCAAGUUCUCUUACGGUACCGUGCAGCUCGGUAUCAAGAUUUCGUGCAAUUAUCACAACAGGUUCAUCUAUAUAAUCAAUCGAUAGUAGCAGCUUUGGAGAAAAUGAAUGAAAGUGUAUCUCUGGAUAAGGUCGAUCCGAAUGCCAAAAUAGAUACCUAUAUAAGUAAGGUGAAACCACCUCAGGUCUAUAAACUACCUUUCAAUAUGCAACAAGAGCUCCCGUAUUUUGACAUGAACUACGUAAAUGAUCCUUCGAUCACAAAUAUUAAACGAGGAUCUAUAUCGUCUAUAUUAAGCGACAACGAGCACGAGUCCUGGGAUGCACCGUUACGUAGACAAACCGUGCCCUGGGCCAAAAAAAAUGUUCACACCAGAGACAUCGAAGUUCAAACAACAAAUUCGCCACAUCGCAUGCCCCUUCAUCGUUCAUCUAUCAACAAUGAACAAAGUUUGAUAAACACUCCAUUCACCAGGGAUCCGAACAUUCCGAUUCAUUGUCCACUAGAGGAACCGUCCCGUCGUAGCAUUUCUGGCUUUCCACCUGCGAAUAAACGUGGCUGCACACAAUCUUCCAAAUUUUAUACUCCUUAUUCCAACAACAUCGACAAUGUUGAAUCAGCACACUCCAGGAAGAAAGCACCAUUGCCACCGAUAUCACUCAAUCAAACGCAACCCUCGGCAAAGCGCAAUUUCAAUAGUUAUGAGUCAAAUACAAAACAAAUUCAAAACAAAAAUAGUACAGAAUGGGAAUUUGAGAAUAGAUUUAAUCGCAAUGUUAACAGUGAUAUUCGAGUAAAUCCUAUUAAAGAAUUGGAGAUGAUUGGACGCAGGAACAACAAUGAUGAGAACGAUGAUACACCUCCAUUCAACUUUCAAGCGAUGCUGCGAAAAACGCCUCACCAGCGUGCUUCGAUGAAACGUAAUCCCGUAUAUGAGAGUGUCACAUCGUCAGAAUCAACGUCAAAAUCUUAUCACCGCAAUAAUGACUUAGACGAAUCGAAUACUGCAUACAAAGGUGGCGAUAGUCGCAAAGAUUCGCCAGAAUGGAGUCCGAACGAAAUGAUCCUCAUGUCAGAGAAGUACGCGAGAGAGAACGCAUGGAAUGAGGAAGGCGCCAAGGCUAGUGUUACUACGGAGAUAGCUCCAGGCAUUAUUGUCAAGGGCUAUGUUGCUGACCUAUAAAGAAUCACAAGCAGGGAUCAGUUGCAUUAAUGUUUAGUCAUCUCUCUCUGUAUCUGUCAUAUCUAAGGCUAUAAUCUGGAAAGGAGAAAAAACUUGUUAAUUAAAGUUCAAUAGAGAUUAAAAAUCAAUGCAAUCAAUUUCUCUCAUUUUAGAUUGUUAAUAAUCAAUAUAUAUUUUGAAUUUUAAUUGCUAGAUAUAGAGAAAAACAUAAAUCUAUAACGAAUAGCGUAAUUGUUUGUAACAACUUAUUGAUUAAAUAAUUUUAUUUGCAAUUUACUUAUUGCAGAAAAUUAAAUAUUAUUUCUCUAUUGAUACAAACAAUAACCACAUCAGUAUCAGUAACUCAGAAUAAAUAAUUUAAAUUAUACAUAGUGUAUUAUGCAUUAAUAGUACUGAUUACGCGCAUUAUGUGUUCAUGAAAAAAUAUAUAUAAGUACUUAACAAUUUAUAUAAAGAUAUAAUAACAUCAUUCUUCUAUUAAGACAAAGAAAGACAAAUAUUCUAAUAAUAUUCUAGUUUGUCCAUUAUUAUUAAAUAUAGUACAAGUAAAAAUCCAAUAUGGUUAAUUAUGAAAUGGUUGAUAAAAAAUAAUAGUAAUAAGAGUAGAAUGUAUAAAUUUGCUUCAAUUAAUAUAAAUAAUAACAUAGAUAUUCUUCUUUGUAAAAACACUAAAAUUACUAUAAUUAUAUUAUCAUAAUUUUCAAUAAAUAAUGUAUAGACGAUA